AUGCCGGCGCUUCCUGACACCACAUUGCUGACGAACACGCUCGUCUAUCGGAACGCAACCACGCUUGACUUAGCCUCGACAAAUGCCACUAUCGCGGAUGCUCUGCCGGUAGUCUGCGCAUGGCCAGUUAGCGGUCAGUAUGGACUGGGUUCGAGAGUGCUAUACUAUGUCCUGGUGGCUGCUUGCCUGGGUUUUCGCAAGGUCAACUGGCUCAAGCGGGCGUGCUUAGCUGCUGCACUGCUGCUGCCCGCUGUCGCUGCUAUCCAUGGCAUUGUGCUCGCAUCCCUGCAUACCGAUGGCGCCGUCGACAUGGACGUGUACGGAGCUUUCCAGCUAUGCUCAAUUGGAAUACUGGCAGCUCCGGUCACUGUUCGGCUGUCUUCUACGUACUUCAACGACCGCGGUCGUAAUAUCAUCUUCGUGUGGACUGGGCUCGUCCUUGCGGGCCUACUCAGCUUGACUGUUGAGUUCUACAGGAUCAUGCCGGCGAGUUGCGCAUUUGAUAGCCAGGGCAACCGCCUGUAUCGUGAUAACCCAGACGCAUUCCCAUAUGACGACGAAGACACCACGUGUGGACUUGCCUGCAAGGUCGGGCCUGGCAAUCCAUGGUCGCCAAUGCGUGCUUGGGAUGGGUCAACUAAAGAUAUCUACGUGAUACCUGCACCGACGGUGCUCACCUCAGGCACAGCUACGCUUCUAGCUGCUGCAUGUUGUGUUCCUGCUAUUCUCUCUCUCUUCACCAUGUGGGAUAAAAUUGCCGUCAUCAAUUGGAAGAGGAAGUUCGGCCGCAGCUACGAGGACGAGCCCGAUGCAGCAAUUGAGGGGACCAAUGGCGCCACUCCACGGCAGAUGAGCAACACCAACGAGGAGAUUAUGAGAUACGUGAGAAUAGCUGUUCAACUUCCUGUCUUCGGUGCCGGGGUUAUCGCCAUUCUUGCACUCGGAGAGAAGAACUUCUUUAGCAAACCGGUUUCUUAUCAGACAGAGCCAAUGGCUAGCAUUGGCCAAUGGGGCUCCAUGGUCGCAACCGGACUUGCUGCUCUGGGGUCGUUACUUGUGGGCAGACCUGAAGAUAAUGGGUCUGAGUCAGGUUCAUUCACAGAGGAGCGCAAAUGCCCGCAUUGUCAUCAUGAUGGCCCGUUACUUCACCCUGGUGCCACUGGCUCUCCGCCGAGAGGUCGAGCCAGGAGAAGAGAUUCCACAGAGAGUUUCCCUCGAGUCUCACUGCAUGAGAUAGGCACCGGCCUCACCUCCAUGGUCACUGGGCGGUCGCACGCUACAGAUGCGGGUAAUCGACGGAAGUUUGCCGCAGCAUUGAGCAAAGUCGGUAAUUACAUCGGGCAGCCAGCCCGGAAACGAUACGACGUGUCCGACUUUCGAUCAGGGGCAGCGUUGAACUAUCCACAGAUCCCCGGCGAGAGGGCGAGGAACCGGUCACUGUCUCGGAUAGAUAGAGAGUGGCGGUCGCCUUCUGUACAGCCAUCCAGAACAGGCAGCCCUAGCUCCCGAUAUGAAGGGGAUAACAGCUCACAGGGGCCGGACGGCGAGUCUCUGCAUUCGCCACAGACACCGCAAUCUCCAUCAUCAAUCAGCUGGCCAACAACUCCUGCAAGGGCUUAUAGGUCGUACACUCAUCCAAACCCCUCUUCUGGCGGAGACGGGAAAAUGGUCAGAGCUGUGCGCCGGCGGGACACGCUUGAAGUCCCGAGCGGCCAGCCACCCGUCAACGUAGGGCCUCCGCGGCAGACUAUGUCUGCCUCUUCUGUCCCCACCAUUGCCGUGCCCGCCGGCGAAGACUCACCUGCAAUAGUGGUUUCGUCAGAGCCUAAUCCCGAGCCUAAGCAGAUUUCACAGUCCCCGGAGCCCUCCAGCCCGCCCUCCUCUGCGGGAUCCUCGCCUGGUUACUUCGGAGCAAAAAACAAGACCGCCGCAGGUCCUGCUUCAUGA